GUGCCAAUUUGUUGUUUGACAAACCUCCAACAAUCACCACGAAGAAGAAAAAGAAGGAAGCAGCUCCUGCUACUUGAUUGGUGGAAAGUGACGUACGGAUUUGGCGCCAAACAAGAACGCGGCGUCCGCAUCCGCGGUGGAGAGAGCUGAAACAAUAACAAAACCAGUUUAAGGGCUUUUAAACAGUUUUAUCAGGCUCGUCUGUGCUUUUAACGUAUUUAUUCCGCUCGAGAAAAUGUUUGUCACGGACAUAAGAAAGGAUUUUUACGAAGUUGUGGCCAACCAGAGAGUCGCCCUCCUGGUUGCAGCGGACAUCGAUGCUCUCUGCGCCUGUAAGAUACUACAGGCGCUGUUUCAUUGCGACCACAUUCAGUACACCCUGGUGCCGGUGAUCGGCUGGCAGGAUCUCUCCACCGCCUUCCUUGAACACAAAGAGCAGUUUCGAUACUUUGUUCUCAUCAACUGCGGGGCGAAUGUUGACCUCCUUGAGAUGCUGCAGCCAGAUGAUGACUCCAUCUUCUUCAUCUGUGAUACUCACCGUCCCGUGGACGUGGUUAAUGUCUAUAACGACACUCAGAUUAAACUGCUAAUCAAACAGGACGACGAUCUGGGCGUGCCGUCGUACGACGACAUCUUUCGAGACGACGAGGAGGAAGAUGACGGCUCUGGAAACGACAGCGACGAAGGCUCAGAGCCGUCCGGAAAGCGGAGGAGGUUUGAUGAAGGGGCGAUUGAGAGGAGAAUUGAAAGGCAGAGAGCGAGGAGGGAGUGGGAGGCACGGAGGAGGGAAAUCUUGUUCGACUAUGAACAGUUCGAGUUCCACGGGACCUCUGCUGCGAUGAUGUUUUUCGAGCUCGCCUGGGUUCUAACGAAAGACACCAAGGACAUGCUCUGGUGGGCCAUCAUCGGGCUGACGGACCAGCAGAUUCACGACAAGAUCACACACAUGAAAUACGUAACAGAUGUCGCAACGAUGCAGCGGCAUGUUUCCCGACAUAACCACCGAAAUGAGGACGAGGAGAACUCUUUAUCCAUCGACUGCAUGAGGAUCUCCUUUGAAUACGACCUGCGUCUCAGCCUCUACCAGCACUGGUCUCUGUAUGAGAGCAUCUGUAAUUCUUGCUACACCUCCAGUAGCUUUAAGCUUUGGACUUUAAACGGCCAGAAGAAACUGCGAGAGUUCUUGGCUGAUAUGGGGUUACCUCUGAAACAAGUGAAACAAAAAUAUACAUCCAUGGACAUGUCGAUAAAGGAGAACCUAAGAGACGUCAUUGAAGAGUCCUCUAAUAAAUUUGGAAUGAAGGAAAUUCGGAUCCAGACGUUCGGCGUUCACUUUGGCUUUCAGAACCGUUUCCUGGCUAGCGACAUGGUACAUGCAACCGCUGCCUUGCUGGAGAGCACGGAGAAAGAAGAGAGCGAUAUUGCCCACAACUUCAUCAAAGCUCUUGAUUCCCUUUCAAGGGGCAACCUGGAUUGUCUCCAUGUUGGCAUCGAUCAUGCUAAGAGGAAGCUUCUUGCCAUCCAGCAGACCGUGGCCAGCUGCAUCUGUACCAACCUCAUCCUGUCACAGGGACCCUUCCUCUACUGUUACCUCAUGGAGGGAACACCUGAUGUGAAGCUGUUUUCUAAGCCCCUGGCCCUAACUCUGCUCUGCAAGUACCUGCUGAAGGCUUUUGUCCACUCAACGAGAAACAAACGCUGCAAGCUGCUUCCUCUCAUCAUGGCCGCUCCCAAGGACGUUGAGAAGGGAACGGUCAUUGUUGCAGGAAUCCCACCAGAGUCCGAGACGUCCGACAAAAAAAAUUUCUUUGGUCGAGCGUUUGAGAAAGCUGCAGAGAGCACCAGCUCCAGAACCCUGCAUGAUCACUUCGACACUUCAAUAAUCGAACUGAAGACGGAGGACAGGAGCAAGUUUCUGGAUGCUCUCAUCACUCUGCUGUCGUAAAAAGAAAAACGUCUGCUGAAGAGAUCUCAAGUGAGGUGAACAAGCUGGUUGAGUCAGACGUUUAGGGUGCCACUCAAAUAUUUCAAGCAUCCGGGGCAUUUCUAGAUGGAUUUUUAAGGGUUGUCCUUUGUUUUGUAUGCAUAUUGUACAGAGUAUUUUUUUUUUUUGUGAGUGUGUUUUACAAUUUCUCUGUCAUUCAUCCCUAUAGUUGUGUGUAGUUCACAUCAAAUCAUAUUUUAAACAUGUUUAAUAAAGAUUUUAUUUGAUUUAA